CAAACAAACCGUGCAUUAUUACGACCUCACUCUUCCUGAAGAACACAACGACCUAUCCUGUUUGCGGCAUAUUGAGGGUAAAAUGGCCAUGGAGUGCACGUCCGUUUUCAGUUCUUUGAAAUGACAAAGGAAUGUGAUCUGAUAUCAGUAUAAUAUGAAGUUUCCUGGUAGACAGUGUGGUCAAAUAGUACUAACAGGAAGUGCAAUUGGACUAACACUACUACCCUUAGUAUUCAUUGUGCACGAACUGACCGUCUCUGUCUACCAGACAAAGACCCGCCACAAAGAGCCUCGCGGGGGGGAGAUCCCCGUCAUACUGCGGCCGGACCGCCGCGCGUUGGAUUGGCGAGAGGAGCUGCUGCGACAACUCAAGUCUGAUCUUCUUGACGAGAUCAACGGCAUCCGCAGCGGGUCUCUCCCCGAGCUUCUCGCGUGUCACAACAUCGACACGAUCGACAAGAAGGAGCACCUGGGUAGGGGCGUGACCAAGGAAGUCUAUCGCGGGGUGUACCGGGGUCGAUCCGUCGCCCUGAAGAUGGUCACCGACAAAGUGGAGGACAUCAAGGCCUGCCGCCGCCGAAACAAGUACAAAAGGAAGUCCGACUGCUACGUCUACGCCAAUUACAAACUGGUGAAGGAGAUGGCACUGACAAUGCAAGUAAAUCAUCCAAACAUAGUGAAGGUACACGUAUGCAGAUUAGAUCCGUCACUGACGAUGACAGCACAGCGACAACAUUGGACAACGGCAGUUGUCAUUGACGUGCACUAUACUUAAAAAAAGCCUCUGACUGAAGCAAAAAUUAACUUUAAAAAUAUUUCUAUAAGUAGGAAAAGAGCAGGUAUAUUUUAAGAAGUAAGCUUUUUGGAGAAAUGUUAUGAAGAAAAUUAUCUGAGAAGCUAGGCCUAUCACCAUAUUGAUAUU